AUGUGUGGCAUUUGCUUCGAGGACACGCCGGGGGUGCGCCAUGUGUGGGCGUCCAGCUGUGCGCAUGCGUUCUGCCAGGACUGCAUCGGGCAGCUCUGCAGUGUGCACAUUGCUGAGGGCUCCCUGGACAACCUGCGCUGCCCCACACCCGACUGCAAAGCCCCCUUUGUCCGCCAGAAUGUGAGGGGCCUGCUGUCUGAGGAGCUGGCUCAGCGCUGGGAGGACCUGGAGCUGAAGCAGGCGCUGGAGAGGAUGCCGGAUGUUCUAUACUGCCCCCGCUGCUCCGCUGCAUGCGUGGAGGAUAGUGACAAUUGCGCGCAGUGCCCCAAGUGUCUCUAUGCCUUCUGUGGCCUCUGCUCCGACUCUUGGCACACCGGCACCCAAGUGUGCUUUCUGCUACGUCUGCUGGAACAAGACUCGUAUAAAGCAACAUCUAAGAUGUGCCCAAACUGCGGCAUGGCCAUUCAGAAGACUGAGGGCUGCAACAAAAUGACAUGCACGAACUGUCAUCGGCACUUCUGCUACAAGUGUAACAAGGCGGUUCUGGAUUAUGAUCAUUUCCGCGAGGGUGGAUGCAAACUAUUUGACAACUCGGAGGUCCAGAGAUGGCAGCAGGACUGGGAUGCGCAAGUUCAUAGGUAG